AUGCUUCACUACGAGUGUUACAAGGGCAAAGACGAGAGAAAACUCGACACAGAGACUUGUGCUAAAGUCGUUCAACGAAACAAGAACUUGGGUCUUGAAGAGUACAGGUUUCUCCUUCGUACAAUGGCUAGUUCAGGGAUCGGAGAAGAAACUUACGGUCCAAUCAACGUCCUUGAAGGCAGAGAAGACUCACCUACUCUCCUUGACGCUCACUCCGAGAUGGACGAGAUCAUCUUCGACACUAUCGACAAGAUUUUCCUCAAGACAAAAGGCUUUCUCUCUCCUUCAGACAUCGACAUUCUCAUCGUCAACGUCUCUCUCUUUGCUCCAUCUCCUUCGCUAACCUCACGAGUCAUCAACAGAUACAAGAUGAGAGAAGACAUCAAAUCUUUCAACCUCUCGGGACUCGGGUGUAGCGCGAGUGUUAUAUCGAUAGACAUUGUCCAAAGGAUGUUCGCAACACACGAAAACAAAGUAGCACUCGUGAUCAGUACCGAGACAAUGGGUCCUCAUUGGUAUUGUGGUAAAGACAGGUCAAUGAUGCUCUCAAAUUGUCUCUUCCGUGCUGGAGGAAGCUCUGUUUUGCUAACCAAUGCGGCUCGGUUCAAGAACCGGGCUUUGAUGAAGCUAGUUACGGUUGUCCGAGCCCACGUGGGUUCGGACGACGAGGCCUACUCGUGUUGCAUGCAAAUAGAGGACAAAGAAGGUCAUCCUGGCUUUCUCUUAACCAAAUAUCUAAAAAAAGCCGCGGCUCGAGCCCUAACCAAGAACCUAGCAGUUCUCCUCCCUAGAGUCUUGCCCGUCAAGGAACUGGUUCGCUACGCGAUAGUUCGGGCGUUUAAACGAAGAACCACCCCGAAAGGAGAGACCGCGAGCUCGGGAAUAGGUCUAAACUUAAAAACAGGGCUGGAACAUUUCUGUAUUCACCCUGGAGGAAGAGCGAUUAUCGAAGGGGUGGGAAAAAGCUUAGGGCUCACGGAAUUCGACAUCGAGCCAGCGAGAAUGGCGCUUCAUAGGUUCGGGAACACGUCUUCGGGUGGUUUAUGGUAUGUUCUUGGAUACAUGGAAGCUAAGAAUAGGUUAAAGAAAGGUCAUAAGAUACUAAUGAUGAGUAUGGGAGCUGGAUUUGAGUCUAAUAAUUGUGUUUGGGAGGUUCUUAAGGAUCUUGAUGGUAAGAAUGUUUGGGAAGAUUCGAUUGAUCAAUAUCCGGAUUUGUCCAAAGUCCCUAAUCCGUUCGUUGAGAAGUACGAUUGGAUCAACGACGAGACCAUGAGCUUUGUUCGUGUUUGA